GAGGGGAAGGCGCUGAUGUCUCUCUGCUCGGAGUGAGAGCCGCACGCAGCAGCCCCUUCCCAUACCAGCACCGAGGACUGCCAGGCCACCACCAUGCCCCACGUCAAGCUGCUGCUCCUCCUCGCCCUCCUCUGUGCCACAGAAACCAGCAGGGCCUUCCGUCUCUACAAUGCCGCCUCCAUUUUCAGCUGCCUCAACACGGCCCUCACCGAGGCCCAGAAGAGCCUCCCAGAGGAAAACACCGUCUUGGACAAGCGUGGCUAUGAUUACCAUCCAGGAGAGGAAGCAUCCGAGGAGGAGGAGGAGGAGGCAGAGGAAGAGAGAGGGAAAAGGACAUUCCCAGGGGAAGGCCACUACAAAUACACCUCCCAGGCACAGGUGAAGGGGAAGACCUUCCAAAACCGUGCCAAGAGCGACCGCCGCACCAAGGUCACCCUGUCCCUCGACGUCCCCACCAACAUCAUGAACAUCCUCUUCAACAUCGCCAAGGCCAAGAACUUGAGGGCGAAGGCUGCCGCCAAUGCACAUCUCAUGGCCCAAAUUGGGCGGCGGAAGUGAUGCUCGUGGGGCAGGGGUGACUUGGAGCAGGGAUGGCCACAUGGGGCCAACACCCAGCCCCAACCUGCUGGUUGGAGGGGACUGACAGCCGUGUACGAUAUCAGUGUUGUAUAUUUUUGACCCAUAGAGCUACCUAACUUUCAUAUCUCUUCUUCCUCCACCUUUCCUUCCCAAUCUCCCCUACUCCUCCUCCCGGACAUUUCCAUGUGUGUGGAAGAGGGUGGUGUCCUCAGCAGGGCAGGGGGACGUGUUGUUUUGGAAAGAUCCCUAUUAAAGCUACAAUCUCUUGAGUUUCCAAUGCUUGGCUCUCCCAUCACCUCUAGCAGCUGCUCAUUCAGGUCCAUAGCCUUUCUAAAAGCUCCCUCCAGUUCAGCCUUUCCUACAACAGUCCUAGUCAUGCUCUCUCUCAGUUCUCCAAACACAGGUUGUCCCCAUACACAGUCAUAACUGUAUUGGGAAGGAAAAACCUUGACUGGUCAGAGGAUCAUGCCCCAUGCCUGGAGACAUUCAAGGUCAGGCUGGACAGGGUUCUGAGUAACCUGAUCCAGCUGUACAUGCCCCUGUUCAUUGCAGGGGAACAGGACUAGAUGACAUUUAAGGAUCCCUUCUGACACAACUGUUUCUCUGAUUAUGAUCUCAGGAGAGAUUUCCCAAUUUCUCCUGCUGGGAACUCUAGAUUUUCAAUCUAUUUUGCAGCCACUCUUUUCCCCACCAGCACCUUCAUCCAAGAAACCAUCACCUUUCAUCCUAAUGAUCUUUUAUAAGCAAUCACAGAAUGCAGCAUGGCUUUGCCUCUGUCCCAAGGCUCAAGGUGAGUUUGGACCCUAAGAGUCACAGAUCACUUCCCAGCCACUCCAGACCCACCUGCAGGGCUGUCCGUGUUGUCCAAUCUACCCCCAUCCACAUCCCCACCAUCCAUGCAGAUCCAGGUGCUUCAUUCCCAAUGCAUAUCCCUGGCCAAACCAUCCCUGCUCACCCUGAUUCCCUUCACCCACUCUCCAUCAAGCCCCAGAUCAUCAAGCACCCACUUUACCUUGGGCUAUAUAUCUCUUCCUUUCAAUCCCCUUCUCUCUUCACCUCACAGCCCAGUUCCAAGAUGAAACCCUCUCCUGACCUCCAUCCCAGCACGUGGAGAGAGAACUGGGAGACAGAAAUGUGGCCCUUUCUCCGGAAGAAAUUUACCAAGAGCAGCAAAACAGUUCUCACCAGUCCCAUCCAUAUUCAUAGCUACAGGGAGCUCCAGGUGGGAUAUUACAGAGGACAGGUCUUUGGUUGAAGGGUUGGCAGAUAGACCCACAAGCCAUUUGCAAGGACAUAGCUGAAGGCAACACAGCUGAAUCCAUCCCCAGAGAGACCAUGCUUGGGCAGCCAAGGCUCCUAGCUGACCCCCAGCCCAGGGCCUUAGAACUGGAAGUUGACCAAAAAGCAACAAUCAUAUAAAUACACAGAUCCUCCAGCAUCUUCCCCUCCUAACACACAUCUCCAACAGAAAACACACCAAUGUGCCCACACCAUCUCUGUGCAAUGACCCCCUCCUGUCUGUACCCUGGAGCUGAGGAUUGACUGGCGAGCUUAUUCUUUUUGCUAUAGCCUUACUCUACAUAGCUCUACAUAAAUAUCUACACAGCUUUAUGCAUUUUAUGGCCCAACAAUUUACAUGUCCAUCCUCCAUGAGUAUAUUGAGCUGUUCAGUGAUACACAGUGGUUGUGCCCAUUUUACAGAUGGAAAAUUGAGACAAAUGUGCUCACACAUAUCUUCCUGGACAAAGCAGGGUCAGACCUGGUCAGAUAUGUUCUUGUCCCUUUGUAGGUUUGGCCAGAGAUGUCCCAGGGCUGUCCAGGCUGUCUUUCCAAAUCAUAGGGUUGUCUAUAGGUGUCUACGUGUGUAUUCUAGCACCAGACCAUGACUACAAGCUCAAAGCUGAGCCAGGGACAGCAGAUAGCAGCUGAUGGCGAGUGAUGGGGAAAGCAGAGAUCCUCCAUCUUCAGCUGCAUCCCCAUGGGGGACUCUCACCCACAGCCAACACCGGUUUGGACAAACCUUUCCAAAAUUAAUCCUCCUUCUCAGUCUCUGCCAAGCAAGGCUGGAGGCUGCUCAGAGGGGCCAAGAGGCAGGCGAAGGUCAGAGGAGCCGGAUUUCCCAAGGAAAUGGGAUAGAAAUAGGAGCGCUGAAAACUCCAUCAGCCACCACCUGGCUCUGGGAGCGAUUGGAGCCAAGGCUUAGGAGGGACAGCACUGAGUUUCAGACAGCAGUUUCCUAAAAGCUGGGUGAUCUUUCCUGCCACACUUUGUGCAGAGAUGGAACACAGUCUUGCAUUCAAAAGGUAUUGAUUGCACUUUGCUGGGCAGUCAAGUGUGGGUCUACUCAGACCAUCAUAUCCUUCUGUUUCCACUGUCAGCUCCCUUUCAGCCUCUACAUAAUCCUUUCCCCCAGGAAUCCCCUGGCCUCCAGGAUCCCCCUCACCCUCCUUCUCCUCCUCCACAUGCCAAUGCUCUUUUAUCAUAUAAACGCAAACCAGAGAUGUUGCAGGGAUUUUGGCAACUCCCCAAGGACAGUAGGUCCUGAAUCCCUUCCCGGAACCAGGGAGGCCCCAUGCCCAUCUGGCUGAGGAAGGAAUUCAGGCAGUAUAAUGUAAUAAGCAUUGAGUAUCUGGCCAAAAAUACUCUCCUGCUGUGUGGGAAGGUGCCCGUGUUCACAGCUAUGAGGUCUUGGCUGGGAAAAAAAAAACAAGCUGAUCUCCAGUGGUGACCACAAGAGGUGUAUCCUAUAUUUCUCAGAACACAGAGCACCAGGAACACAGAACACCAGGGACAUAGGGAUCUUCUCUAGUGAUACAUCAGAAGCCACCUCCUGGGAUUACCUUCUCUGCCCUUGAGAUGUCCCAUCUUGUUCUAGGUUGACCUGUCCUCCUCUUUGUAAGCCCUGCCCUGCUCCUGGGAUGUGCCAUCCCACCCGUAAGUUGUUCUGUCCCACUCCUCUAUGCCUUAUCCUGCUACUGGUAUGUCCUGUCCUGUUUUGAACUGGGCCGUGACCAGGGACAGAGCCAACCCCAGCAACACACAUGGAUCCCCUGCAUCACAUCUGGUGACAUGGGCAGGAGCACAUCAAGAUGCAAAAGUCAACCCCUCUCUCUUCAGAAGGAUGAGAAACUCCCUCACUGUUAACCUACAACUCCAAAAACCCGUCCUUUUCCCUUGCUGCCAGUGCCACAUCCUGGCCACUCCUUGAGGAAAAACUCAGUUUUCUGGGAGCCCCAGAGCUGCUUAACCUCCCCAUCACACCUCAUUUUCUGCUCUCCCCCCUUCACAGGCCCCACCGACUCCUGUUGAACCCAGAAAGGGUGGUGAGAUGGGGGUUCAUAGAAUCACAGAACUGUAAGGUUUAGAAGGGACCUCUGAAGAUCAUCGAGUUCAACCUGCUGCUAAAGCAGACUCCCUGCAGUAGGCAACCCCAUAGUUGGGUUGACCAAACUAUGUCCAGGGGACCAUACAAUAAGGUUUAGUAGCCUUCAUAGAGCCAGUCCCCACACCUUGGGUGUAGUUCACAUUUUAAAACCUGUGUUGUUGGCAUCUGGGACAUCCCAUGUCAAUGAGUUUCUUGCUUUGGUGUACACUGUAUAGAAAAUAAAAGCAUUUUCCAUU